AAACUGUCCACAUUCUCAUACCGUGCCACCGUUGAAAAACUUUUUACGACGAGGGACUCACAGCUUGUGACGAGAUGAAAUUUUCCGUAAUCGCAACGAUGUUGCUCGGACACUGCAUCUGUCUUUCGCAAGGCGAGACCGAGACAUACCCGACGGUGACAACGCCUUUGGGGACCAUCGAGGGCUACUACGACACUUCGUCCGGAAACCGUACUUUCGAGGCCUAUACAGGGAUUCCGUACGCCGAACCCCCGGUCGGAGAUUUGAGAUUUGAGAUCCCCAAGGCGAUUUCCGCGUGGUCGGGUGUCCUUUCGGCGAAGGGAUACGGCUCAGCGUGUGUGCAGCCCAGCGCCAUCCAUGUCAGCUACGUGGAGAAGACGGUGACCGGUGCCGAGGAUUGUCUUUACCUCCACGUUUAUACCCCGGCUGCGAAUUCCUCGGGAAAUUUACUACCGGUCAUAUUCUUCGUUCACGGAGGAGGUUUCCAAUUUGGUUCGGCCGAAUCGUACGGUCCUCAUUACUUGCUCGACAGCGACGUCGUCCUGGUUACCCCCAACUACAGACUCGGAGUAUUUGGUUUUCUAAGUACAGAGGACGCCACAGUAUCCGGAAAUAUGGGGCUGAAGGACCAAGUGAUCGCUUUGCAAUGGGUCAAGGACAACAUCGAGUACUUUGGCGGAAACCCGGAGAGCAUCACGCUUGUCGGUCAAAGCGCCGGGGCGGUGAGCGUUCAUUAUCACUACUUGACGAAUCUCACAUCAGGCUUGUUCCAAAGAGGAAUGUCGAUUUCCGGGACCGCACUGUAUCCCUGGGCUCAGACUGAGGCUUCCCUGGUAAAGGCUAAGGUCCUUGCUGCUUCUUUGGGAUGUCCUACUAUCAGCGUUGGAUGUAUGGUCAAAUGCUUAAAAAACCAAACAGCGGAUGAUAUCGCGCUGGCGACCUGGGCAUUCACGCCGUGGCUCGCAAGUCCCAUGGUUCCAUUCGGACCGGUCGUUGAAAAGGGGGACGCCAACUUCACGUUCAUCGAUCGAUAUCCCAUUGAUAUAAUCACAUCGGGCGAUGUACAGGAUUUACCGUGGAUCACGAGCGGCGUUUCCGAAGAUGGAUUGUAUCCAGCUGCUUUGUUUAUCGCUAAUGCGACGGACCUCGAUUACUUGAAUGAAAAUUGGAACGCAAUCGCACCCUCUCUAUUGGAUUUCAACUACACCAUUCCAGUCAGCAAUCGUUCGACCGUCAGUGAAUUGAUAAAACAGCAUUACUUGGGAACAAGUGAAAUCUGCAACUCAACAAUCGAAAAUUUCGUCCACCUGAUGACCGAUCGUUUGUACCUCUUCGGUACCCAAAAAGCCGCGCUUCUACAAGCAGACGCGAACGAAAAUCCCGUACAUUUCUAUUACUUCACCUACAGAGGAGCGCACAGUGUUAGCGAAUAUUUCAGCAACGGAGUAACCACAAAUUGGGGAGUGGCUCACGGAGACGACAUGUGCUACGCAAUCGAUUCGUUUUUCGACGCAACGACCACGGAGAAUGACAAAGCGAUGCAAAAAGUAAUAAUCAAGCUCUGGGUAUCGUAUGCGACGAACGGUACGGCCGACGUGGGCGUCGAAUGGAACCCCUUGAACGGAUCCAGCAGUAAUUUGAAUUACCUGAGAAUCGCAGGACCAGACAACCUUUACAUGGAAAGCAACUCGAACUUCGGACGAAAGGAUUUCUGGUCCACUAUCAAUUUUGAAGAAAAUAUUUUAUAAGUAGCUACGAAUCAUGCCUACGAAGUAAAGAACCUUCUCGUUCUCGCAUGGAGUUUAAACAUAAAUUUUCUAUACCAUAACCGUGCACAUUGAAUUUACAGCUUCGUUGUAGAUGGUAAAGUACAGAAACCCUGUGCGUAAACUCUCCUAUACGAGAACGAGCAAAUUUCAUUGUUGAUCUUCGAGAAUUCUACUGAGACACUUGCUACAAACAGCUUUUAUUACAGAAAUAUACUGCACAAUCUAUAAGCAUA